AAAAAUGAUAAAAUUUUAAUAAAAAAAUGUCUCAAAAUCCCAAUCGCAAACAAGUUAGAGUAUGGGUUGACGGUUGCUUUGAUAUGAUGCAUCAUGGCCACGCCAAUGCUUUGAGACAGGCGAAGGCAAUGGGAGAUUUUCUAGUUGUUGGAGUUCAUUCUGAUGAAGAAAUAGAAAAGCACAAAGGGCCUACUGUUAUGAAAGAAGAAGAGAGAUAUACUGCGGUUGAAGCGUGUAAAUGGGCCGAUUUAGUUGUUAAAGAUGCUCCAUACUUUACAAGCCUUGAGGUAAUGGAAAAAUACAACUGUGAUUUUUGCGUACAUGGUGAUGAUAUUACCACACUUUCUGAUGGAACAGACUGUUAUCAAGCUGUAAAAGAUGCAGGAAAAUAUAGAGAAUGCAAGCGCACUCAAGGAAUCUCAACUACAGAAUUGGUUGGACGCAUGUUACUAAUGACACGUGAUCAUCACAAGCGUCGAUCAUCCAUCGCUUCGAUCAAUAACGAAGAUUUAACUUCUUUUAGUAGUAACAUAAAACACAAUCCAGAAAUAAAAAUCUCCCAUUGUUUACCGACUUCUAAAAAAAUAGUACAAUUUUCGGAAGGGAGAGAACCUGAACCUGGAGACAAAGUCGUUUACGUUGAUGGAACUUUUGAUUUGUUUCAUGUGGGACAUAUUGAAUUUUUGAAGAGGGCUAAAUCAUUGGGUAAUUACUUAUUAGUUGGUAUUCAUGAUGAUCAGACGGUUAAUGCAAUUAAAGGAGUAAAUUUUCCGUUAAUGAAUCUUCAUGAACGCGUUUUAAGUGUUCUUGCUUGUAGGUAUGUAGAUGAAGUUAUCCUUGGAGCCCCAUAUAGCGUCGACGAAAAUGUACUAUCUAAAGUUUAUAAAGUUGAUAUAGUAGCACAUGGAAAUACUCCAUCGCUCCCUGAUGUGAAUGGGAAAGACCCUUAUGAACUUCCUAAAGCACUAGGAAUAUAUGUUGAAAUUGAAAAUCCUUCUGCUGAAAUAACAACUGACGGGAUUAUUAAUCGAAUUAUUGAACACAGAAAGAUGUAUGAAGAACGUCAAGCACGAAAGAAUGAAAAAGCUAAGUUAGAGGAAGAGAGGUUGAAUCAAAAAUAAUAUAAUUAAUUACCGUAUUUAUUGUUUAUAUAAUUUAAAGUUUUGAUUAUU